CAGUAGCUACUUCCUCAACACGAUUAAUACACAGUGUUGGUUCUUUUGUAUGCGUUACUCUGCCAGUGCGAUGGGUGGAGGAAAACAUCUGCUUCUGUUGGCAGUGUUUGUGCUCCUGGAAAGAUGUCACGGACAGAGGACAGAAGUUUCUAUGUGCCCCCGACUCAAAAUGGUCUUCUCUGGGGACUUAUUCUAUUUGAGCUGUGACAACAGUGUGGGUGAGAGCGGAGUGAAAUGGUACUUUAACAACAAAGAAGAAAAGCAGACGAAUAAAACCUGGAAGUUUGCGGUUGCUUCCCCCAAGCACUCUGGCUCUUACCAAUGUGAGCACAAUGGGCAAAAGAGUGAUAAUUUCAGCCUCGACGUCAUGGACUUCAAUCCCAGUGCUUCACUCACCAUCAAGACCGGCCACCCAGUGAUGCAAUACGGACAUUCAGUCAUGCUGCAGCUUGACAAUGAAGAUGGUCUGGAGGGAUGGGUCUGCUGGGUCCACAGGGAAGGAAAAAAAACGAGGAAGAUUAAGUUUAAGUUGGAGAACAGUGGCCAUGCGAUCUUUCAAACCACGAAACUGGAAGUCCCAGAGACCAUUUUCUGGUGUACUGAUAAAAGUCAAGACAAGAGAAGUAACCAAGUCAUAGUCAGGACCUCAGCUCAGGAUAUAUCACUGGAAAUGUAUCCCUUCCCCGCUGUAGUUGGGGAGCCUCUGACUCUGAAGUGCAUUGCCUGGGGCACAGAUCAAAUUAGCGACACUGUUUUCUACAAAGACAACACAAUCAUUAUGCAUGCUGCCAACCCUACCUACAAGAUCACUGACGUAUCAGAAUCUACACAGGGACCAUAUAGGUGUAACGCCACCUACACACACAAGGCCCGCACGAGUGGGCCUGCAUAUCAGAGGGUCUCCGAUAUUCAAGAUGUGUUUGUCAAAGAGCCUCCGAUUAAGGCCGUUCUCUCUGAAGGCAAUAGUUUGUCAUGUUCUUGUCCAGAAUGUCCCAGUAAUGUCUCCUAUCAUUGGUACCACAAGAAUGAUGAUCAGCCAUGGGGACUUACAGGUUCACCAUCAAGCGACAUGACACCACAAAAGCGUGGUACUUAUGCUUGUAAAGCUGUGUGGAACAACAUGAGGUCUGCUCUCAGCAACUCUUACAAUUUUCAGACCAACAAUUCAAACCCAGCCGUCAUUGCCAUCUGCCUGGUGGUGGUGGGCAUGCUGGCCGUGGUGAUAGGUUUAGCACUUUAUUAUCAACGUAAGAAGAGAAAUACUGCAAGCCCAAUUUAUGAGGAUGUGGCUCUGAGUUCACGAGAUGCAGGUGAUAACAGAUAUGAUGUCCUGCAGAAGGGACAUGGUGCCAAAAGGGAGGCCGAGUAUGAUACCCUUCACCCACAGGCACCAGGCAGGGAGAAGAAAGGUGGUGAAUAUGAAGCACUGAAAAAAGAGGAAAUGAAAGAGGGGGUAUACCACAGCUUGGGAGCAGAGGGGGCAGCAAGAGGAGAUGGAGGAUACGAAGCACUGAAGAAAGAGGGGAUGAAAGAGGGGGUAUACCACAGCUUGGGAGAAGAGGGGGCAGCAAGAGGUGAGGGAGGAUAUGAAGCACUAAAGAAAGAGGGGAUGAAAGAGGGGGUAUACAAUACUCUGGGAGAGGGGGCAGGUGCAGGACAGGAAGGAGAAGAAAUAGCAGAGAAUAAAGACAAAGACAAAUGAUAUGAGACAGUGAGGGCAAGAAGGAGGUAAGAGAGUAGCUUGUAUGCUAAAGAAAAAUUACAUUUCUCCAAACCAGCCAAGUCAGGUGACGUCUCAGUUCUCAAGUUCAAAUUCUAUGAUUAGACAAAAGUGUAACAUACACUACAUGUCAGUGGUGUAUGGGAAAUUUAAAUAACUUUCAAGUAACUACCAAAUGAUGGGAUAUAGAUCUAAAGGCAAAUCUACAUCAGACUUACAGUAUAAGGAAAACCACACAUAUUUGUAUAAAAUAUUUUAAAUAAUAGAGACAGAUAGAAGCCAGAAGUGAGGUUUUGACCUAAUGACAAAAAUCAGGUUAAGAAAGAGCAAAAAUUCCAGUAAGACAAUAAAGAAGAUUCUGUAUGUUGGAUAGUUCAGCAACUAGCAAUUGUUGCCAUUACUUAAUAAUUAUAUUAACCAUAUUAACUACACAUAUUAUUCUGUAAAAUGUAAAUGCAAUCACAGAUAACCAAAACAGAAAAUGCAUUUUGCUUUUGUUCCCUUGUGAAGUCAUACUGUGUCAUUUAUACAGAUAUGGGUGAUAAUAUCAUGACGGGAUUUUUGCAUCUCAAAAAGUAUUAGCUUUAUCAACAUUUUGUGUAAUGAGUUGUUUGUACAUAAGAAAUUGCACAACAUUGUAUCUUGUUCUUUUUGCAUUAAAAUGUUAAUGUACAUUAUAUCACAGUGUGUAUGCUAAACCUAAGCUAUCAACUUGUAGAUCAUUUGUAGUGCGAAUGCUGUGAUUUUAGAUUUUGGCUGUUGUAUUUUGUAUGCUAAAAUAAAACAACUCUUAUUUAAAA